UUCGGACAUUGCGGUAUUUUUCUGUGUCAUGGGAGAUGCUAAGUCACUCACAAAUGUUACUAAAUUGUGAUAUUUGUCACAUUACUCACAGGUUUCCGAAUGGACAAUUAAAUAUAAACGUGCCUGCGGAGAUAUCCAAACAGUGUAGAGAGGGAUUCCAUGAUAAUCCAGCCAAAUUUUCAACCCAGCUAUGUCCACCUCACUAUCUCCCAGUUUAAUCGUUUGUUAACCCUUGGUUACUUUUCCACUUCAACUGAAGUGUGUUGAGAAUUUGGGUGCAAAAUGGCUGCCGUGCAUCCUCUAGGUAGGUGUCCAUGUUGAUGGCAGAUGAAGUAAGGUCACCUCAGCAUAUGUAAACUGUUUUGAGAUCAUGAAAUGAAAAGUAUUAUAUGAAUGCAAUUUAUGCCAAGAAGGUGCACAAGAAAUGCAUAACGACGUUCCAGUCAUCCAAAUAUAUCUGGCGGAUUUGGCAAAUGUUCUAAGCUACUUAACACCCAGGUAUGGGUAAAAUACACCAGAAUGUAUUUUUCUACAAAGUACCUCCAAAAAAUUCUUCUGUAUCCUACAAUCAGAAAUGUGGAGGCAUAUAUUGCUCUUUAGGGAUACAAAUGUAUAAAUCAUAUAGUAAAAUUGGUGUGCAACCAACCUACAAUCAAAUGCAUGUGUUUAAAUACUGUUUACCCCUGUUGUCACCUGUAAUCAGUUAUGUCAAUGGACAUUUACAAAUAUAUAUGGAUGUGUCUAAGAGCAGUAAUAAUAGAUUAGGGGUAGUGUUCGCUGUGCCUGAUUUUGAUAUUAAAAUAAAGAAGAGAAUAAAUGAAUACAUUUGUCUGCGUACAUACAGGAGAAAUGACGGCAGUUUUAUUAGCAUUACAGUGGGUAGAGGAAAUGGGGCCACUCGGGAUUAUAGUAGUAUAGUCCUCAAAUCUAAAGAGUCAUAAAUAUUUACACUCUGAGUCUAGAUCUGAUAUCCUAUAUGAGUUAUAACAAGUAUUGUAUAGAAUCCACAUUAUGGGAAUGAGUGUCUGUUUUGUGUGGAUCCAACAUGGGUAUGGGAAAUGAAUUAGCAAAUACAUUUGCAAAAGAGGCAAGUAGAAGGGCACAAGUGUACAUUAAAAUAGACUAUCGUAACGCAGAAAUUAAGAGUAUACUUAAAACUGAAACAAAAAAAUGUGAAAAGGGAAUUAGGAUGAGGGAAGGACAGGACAUUUACAGAAUACAAGAGGAAGUGAACUGGUCAAGGAAUGCAGGUAGGAGUAGAAAGAAGGAGUGGCUAUUACUAGAAUGAGAUUUGGACACACAGGAUUAAACACCACACUAUUUUAAAUGAGCAAACACAUUAUUGGGAGAUGUGACCAUUGUAAUAUACAAGAAACCAGUGAGCACGUUCUAGUUACAGCAAAUGUCCAAAAUAUAAUCAAGAUUGAGAGAAAUAGAUCAAAAAACUGUCAGAAAGCAAAGUGCGGUUUAACAUUAUUGUGAUUCUCCAAAGAGCUCACAUGAUCCUCGUUUUAAGUACAUUUUUCACUUCAUGAAGAAUAGUAAUCUACAGAAUCUGAACACAGCACUUCGAAUUACAGUAUUAGAUCUAGAAGGCAAUAAAUAUCCCGACCCACACUCCAGUUCGGAAGGUGGCGGUAACGCACCAAAAAGUUGUUGCCAACCGUCAUAAAACUCAAGAAGAACAUAACGGUAUUUGCUAGUUGUUUCGUACAGAGAAUGAGGCACAGUGAGUUUACUGAAUAACAACGGCUACCAAACCAACUGUAAUUCAAAAUAUAUGCAUACCUGAAAUGUUACCUGCGUAACGUUAAAUUAAUUUACGACAUAGCUCAUUUACCCCAGGUAACGUUAGACUGUUAAUUGUUAACUGUUAAUUCACAUGUGUGGCGUUGCAAUUAACUAACAGCAUCCAAUUAUUGUGACAAAUGAAGUAUCGUUUUUAUAUCCACAUUGAUGUAUAACAUCCGUUCUUGCAGAAUAAUGCGAAGAAGAAGAGCUAACUAGCUAGCAACGAAAUGUAGCUGGGUACCUUACGCUAAGCAUAGCUGGUUUGUUAGCGGUAGCUAGGGCCAUAUAACAUUCGCUAUUUCAGGUAAUGUUGGCCUGCUGUUGAAGCGAUGUUCCGAUGCUAAAUGAUCAAAUACCGAUCGCCGAUACUAAACGUCAGUAUUUAACAUGUAUUGACAUCAGCUAAACGCUAAUAAUGACUAUUGAGUUCAUCAGUAAUCAUACCUGAACGUUAACUUGCUGUAUUUGCUAAUGACUUGCAAUGGCUUGGGAGGCAAACAUUGAGGUGACUAACGGAAACGUUAGUUGUUGUUUUUUUUCCUUUCAUUUUUUCAUUUCAGGAAUUAUGCGCUUUCCAUUUGCCACUUCGAUUAGGCACGCUGGAGGCAGGAGCCCGGCAAAGAAAUGACCACAGGGCUUGUCUCAUCCCGGCAUAGGGUUUAUUGGAUCUGUCUGCUGAUCGUCUCGGCUCUGUCAGUGGUCUUAUGGUAUAAUCAUGUAACCAAACUGAAUGUUACCAUUAUGGCAAAUGUGGGUCUUCGUGGGUACGUCCGGAUCACAUCUGGACAGAUGGAUCAGUACCUGGAUGUCCACUGUAAAGAAUGUGCCUUGGUUUCCAGUUCGGGUCAGAUGCUGAAAGCAGGCAAAGGGAAGGAAAUCGACGAACUGGACUGCGUAAUCCGCAUGAACAAUGCUCCAACGGUGGGGUACGAGCAUGAUGUCGGGAGUAAGACCAGCCUGCGCGUUGUGUCCCACACCAGCGUGCCACUGAUACUCAAGAAUGAGACCUAUUACUUUCAGCAGUCAGCGGGUACCGUGUAUGUUGUGUGGGGGCCUGAGAGGAACAUGCGUCAGGAUGGCAAGGGCAAAAUUUUCAACGUUCUCCUCAAAGCUGCUAAGAAGUAUUCCCAUGCCAAAAUCUAUGUGGUGACCAGGGAGAAGAUUCAGUACUGCGAUGGACUUUUUCAGAAUGAAACGGGGAAAAACAGAAUGCAAUCGGGGGCUUUCCUGAGUACUGGAUUCUUCACCAUGGUGCUGGCGAUGGAUAUGUGUGACAGUAUUCAAGUAUAUGGGAUGAUCAGUGAUGACUACUGCAGCCAGGCCAAUCACACGGCCGUUCCAUACCACUACUAUGAGAGGGGCCGAAUGGACGAGUGCCGCAUGUACCGUGUUCACGAGAAGGCCCGGCGUGGCGGCCACCGCUUUAUCACAGAGAAGGCCAUCUAUGGCAGGUGGGCCUCCCACAAAAAAAUGCAGUUCCAUCAUCCCUCAUGGACAGCCCGGGAAAAUGUUUCCUGAAUGCAUUUGUUGUAUUUUGGAAUUUACCUAUUAUAUUUUAUGCAGUGGGUUCCCCAAAUUUAAUUACUGUCUGUCUCGAUAUCUAAGCUUGGUGGUUGAAGUCUUUGGAAAGUUAUGCCUACUAGUAGGUUAAAGGCAUUCUAUCACCUAUUUGUUCUGCUGGAUUUAAUAUAGGGGCAAUUCAGCUAGAAUUUUGAAUACUAAUAAGGUGUAAAACAGUAUAGUACCUAUCCACGGCCCUUAGGUUCAGAGUCCACUACUUUAACCAAUUCCCCACAUAACAGUCCUGUAUGUAUCCGUGUCAUCAAUUAUACAUAGUCUGACUUCACAAGUUUUAUUUGGUUCAGAAUUUCCAAAAAUCUGUGGCCGUUAUCUGUUGCAGUACAGAAAUGUGCUUCAGACCACAUGCACUUCAUGCAUUACUUUGUCUGUAGAGCCACUGGUGCGUCGGUGUGAACAUUCACAGAUAGACAAUCACUCAUACAACAAAGCAUGCUUAUAUGCAGUAAAUGAAAGCAUUCUUCUAGCCAGGCUUCUAGUUCACUCAGAAUUAAUCUAAACCAAGAGUAAAAAUGCAGGCUUUAAUGGAAUGGAAACAGCAGGCUGGACUGUUUCUUCUGUUUAAAUUUUUUAUUUUUGCUUUUCUGAAUAUGUGCACUGUGCAGCUUAUUGAUAGCUGAUGUUUUAAACAGAAAUAUAGUGAAAUUACAAAAUGUUUACCAAAAAAUGUUAACGGGUAAAGCAAUAUCAUCUAUUACAUUUAAAGUGGUGUCAGUCAAAAUCAUUCUUUUUUAUUGUAUUCUUUGGUUUAUUAUUUGUAAUGCACUGAUGACAGUCAAUUUAAGCAGUUGUUUUACUGCGAUUUGUUUGUUAAAAGCCAUAAAUUGCUUUAAAGGUUAUUCAGUUCGGCUUACAUUACUGCUGUGCUUUCUUAAUGAACUCUGUGUCUUUGUGCGUGUGUGUUCAAUUUUAUUUCUAUUUUUUUUAAAGCGUAUAUUAUUGCUGUACUUGACGUAACAGUUUAUGAUUGUAUGUGUCCAGAUGUGUUUUCUUCAUUUGAAAGUAGUACUUAUUCAGGUUGGAUUUGUCUCUUUAUCCAAUGGGAUGGAAUCUUAACAAAAAAAAAAAAAAGAACAACGUGGUUCUUCUGGAAAGAUGGUUAAGAGAAUAUCUCGGUGCAAUAUGACACAUGAAGGAGAAAGUACAUUGUUAUAUGUAGAAAUACUUGCCGUUAUACAUGCCAAUCCUUAUGAAAGGCUCUAAUAUGACUUUUCAGAUAUCGGAGAUAAGAUUGUUGUGCCUUAUGCAUUGUUGAAAAAACAGUUUCAAAACAGUUGUGAUAAAGAGGAGCCUGUAUAAGCAUUUUUGUUGCCACUAAGCAACCUCUUGCUGUUUAUAUUAUAUACAAUCUACAAAUAGGUCUGUGUUUAUGUACAGUAUUGCUGAAUCAUGAUAUGCUUUUUUGUGGACAGAACAUUCAACCACUUUGUCACUUUUACUGUGUUUUUGGCAUAUGUUUUUUAGUGAAUUUUUAUGGCACCCAUGAAUGCAUCAUUGUGUAAAUAGUCCUGUCCCCUUUAGUCUUAUGGCAUGGAAUGCAGUGCAGGGAAUACUGGCACAACAGUUUCAGUUCUCUCCUUAUCUCACUGCCAGAGACACAAAGAUUCUUUGAAGGGAAGAAAAUUCUGGUUCCCUGUGAUUGACGGUUCAAAGAGGGUGCAAAUGCAACUAUAGUUACAAGUAAUCUCAAGGGAAGUCAUUGAUAACAAGCACUCGUAAAAUACACAAUGUUUUUACAUUUUUACUUGUACUGAUAUUAAAUAUCUUGUGUUUAGACAACCUUGGAGUAUUCCAGGCAUGAUGUUCUCCUGUGCAUUUGCAGCCAAUCAUUUCACUCAUUGCUGUUUUUGAUGCAUUUUGAUACAUUCUGUACAAGACUGUGAUCAUGUUAUGUUGUGAGUGAACCAUUGCCAUGUCAUCUUUGUCCUGUUGAAAAUAUUUUUAAAUAACCAGUGGGUGACGGAACUGAAUGGCAUUGCUGCUCCAAAUGAACUUUGUAUUAAUUGUGUAAGUGUUAUGUAACCACUCUGUAUGCUUGUGACAAAGUUGUUGAAAACGGCUUGCACUUUCCCAUUAAACUUUUUAAAUGCUUUGA